CAGGUAGCUUAUCCCGAAUUUAUCCUAGAUGAAGAAAAACUCGACCAGUAUUAUGACGGCCUGGAUGUGAAUGAUACUGAUUCGUACAGUGAGAUGCUGGAAAAAGUAGAACGACAGAAGAUUGAAUUUUGGUUCAAAAUGCUUACAAAACCUGCGAGUCAUUUCGAUCUUGAAUCAAGCUCUGCCACUGUGGCCCCUAUCUACAUACCCACAACCAACUCUCUUAGACUUCCCGCUGCUAUUCUUCAAGCUCCUCUUUUUCACCACACUUUUCCCAGAGCUUUGAAUUACGGAGGACUGGGAGCACUUAUUGGGCAUGAAAUUACCCACGCUUUCGACGAUGUAGGUCGUCAAUUCGAUGCUAAUGGCAAUGUUCGUGAGUGGUGGGAUCCGAACACAAAGAAACAAUUUGAAGAUCGAGCUCAAUGUGUAAUCAAUCAAUACGAGGAAAUAGAGAUACCUGGAACUGCUUUCAAAAUCAACGGUAAACUCAGUCAAGGAGAAAUCAUUGCCGACAACGGUGGAGUGAAACAAGCCUAUAAGGCCUACAAAGCUUAUCUGCAAAAACUUGGAAGAGAAGAAGAAAGAAUCAAAUGUGUGGAACAAUUUAGCAACGAGCAAAUGUUCUUUUUGGGCUAUGCUAUGGUCAGAUGUGAGCAUUUCACUAGAGACGCCAUGUUUUUUCGUCUUGUUCAAGAUCCCCACCCUCCAGAACGCUAUGAAGUCAACCAAGUGCUAGCAAAUCAGCCCGAAUUUGCUGCUGCCUUCAAAUGUAAAGUGGGCAGUGCCAUGAACCCUGCUAAACGCUGCGUUGUAUGGUAAAUUCAAAACUACAACAUCAAAGAGACUCGUGUUCUAAAGCCCAUGU